AUGGCUGAACUCGUGGGAAGUGCUCUUCUCUCCGGCUUCUUUAAUGUCUUGCUUGAUAGGAUGGCUACUCAAGAGGUCCUUAACUUCUUCCGAGGAAAGAAAGUCCUUGCUAAGCUUCUUGACGAGUUAAAGAUCAGGUUGUUGUCUGCUAAUAAGUUGAUGAAUGAUGCUGAGGUGAAACAACUCACAGAUGAAAACGUGAAGAAGUGGCUUGAUGAUCUUAAACAAGUGCUUUAUGAAGCAGACCACGCAAUGGAUGAAAUCAACACCGAAGCUCUGCGGCGCAAGGUGGAAGCUGGUGAUCAAUCUGGAAGCAGAGCUAGCAAGUUUAUCAACUCUAUUUCAACAUUUUUCGGUGCAUUUGAGAACACUGUAAGAUCCGAAAUAGAGGAUAUCCUUAGCAGAUUAAAGUCUCUUUCGGAUCAAGCACUUUUCCUUGGUUUGAAAGAAGGUGAUCAGAAAAGACUGUUACGGCGACUACCUGCCCCUUGGGCUGAAGAAUCUGAUGUUUAUGGAAGGGAGAAAGACAAAGAGAAGAUUAUCGAAGUGGGUACGGAAGAGUGCGAUGUAUUCGAAGUAACGAAAGCACUUUUCGGGAAAACCUCCAAAAGAAACUCUGAUACGAAGGACCUGUAUGACCUUCAAGAAGAAUUGAAGAAGUUUUUGAUGGCGAAGAAAUUUCUUUAUGUUCUUGAUGAUGUUUGGAAUGAGGAUUAUCAAUUUUGGGAGCUUUUACAGAGCCCUUUAAAAUCUGAUGCGCAAGGAAGCAGAGUCAUUGUGACCACUCGGAGUAUGAUCGUAGCAUCAAAGAUCCGUAAUGUUCGAGCUUAUGACCUGAAGACAUUAUCUAAUGAUGACUGUUUGCACUUGUUUAGAAAGCAUGUCUCUGACAAUACGGAAUCCAGUGUAGUGGCGGAUUCGCAAGAAAUUGGCAUUGAAAUUGUGGAAAGGUGCAAGGGCGUUCCUCUGGCAGUAAAAUCUAUUGCUGGUGUUUUACGCUCUACACAUCCAGAAGAAUGGGGAUUGAUAUUGCGAAGUGACAUAUGGCAGCUGAAGUUUCAGGAAAAUCACAACCCCAAAAUUCUUCCAGCGUUGUGUUUGAGCUACCAUUUUCUACCAGCACAUCUGAAGCGUUGUUUUGCUUACUUAUCAAUAUUUCCAAAAGAUUAUCCAUUUCGUGAAAGCGAUACAGAUUACAUAAUCUGGUUGUGGAUGGCAGAGGGGCUUUUGCAACCUCAAGAAGGAAAACGGAUGGAAGAUAUUGGAGUAGAGUACUUGAAUGCAUUGAAAGCAAGAUCAUACUUCCAGCAAUCUAGUUGGGAUAAAUCAACUCUCGUUAUGCACGACCUAAUCCAUGAUUUGGCUGUAAGUGUGUCGGGUGAGUUUUGUCAUUUAUCAGAUGGCUGUAAUGAUCACUCAUGCAACCUUAUGAACAAGACUGGUCAUUUUUCAUAUGGAAAAAAGUCCACAGACUUGAGAGAGUUAGAGGGUUUGAGCAAACUCAAGUGCUUGCGCACAUUCCUAGCAUUGCCAUAUUCAAAGGUGACGCAAAGUAUCCUUCAUGAACUAUUGCUAAGAGCUGGAGGAUGCCUAAGAGUUCUUUCUCUAGCUGAAUCUUAUAUCAAUGAAUUGCCAGAUUCAAUUGGUAAUCUGAAACAUUUAAGGUACUUGGACUUAUCUCAAUCGAAGGUCAAAGAAAUUCCAAGUUCAAUUUGUACUCUAUACAACUUGCAAACACUGUUGUUGUUAAAUUGUGUAGAAAUUACACAAUUGCCAACUAGCAUGUGUUGCUUAAUCAACCUACGUCAUCUCGUGAUCAAAGGAACGCCAUUAAAAGAGAUGCCGCCACAGAUGUGCAAGUUGAAAAAUCUACAGACGUUAAGUGAUUUUGUCUUGGGCAAAAAUGGUGGCUCUAGGAUCAAAGAGUUGGGAGAGCUACAGUGUUUGCGUGGAAGUCUUUGCAUUUCAGGACUUGAAAACGUGGUGGAUGUUGGGGACGUGAAGCAGGCUGAUUUGAAGAACAAAGAGCAUCUUUCUGAGCUUAUUUUAGAAUGGGAGUAUGGAGAGAUUGAUGAUUCAACAAAAGAAAGACAAGUGCUUGAUGCGUUGAAACCGCAUGGAAAGCUGAAGAAACUCGAAAUCAGAGGUUACAGGGGUACAAUAUUCCCAGAUUGGGUAGCACAUAAAUCAUUUAGUGACUUGGUUGAAGUUUUUCUGAUUCAUUGUGAACGUUGUUGCUUGUUGCCCUCAUUUGGGCAACUACCUUCCCUCAGAAAGCUAAGGAUUGAGUAUAUGAAUGGGUUGGAAAGCAUAGGAGAUGAUUUUUAUGGUACUUCCUUGACAAAGCCAUUUCCAUCCUUAGAAAGCUUAAUAAUUUGUAAUAUGGAUCUGUUGGAGAAUUGGUCAUUUGCUGGAGUUGAGCAAGGAGGAGAACUUUUCCCUCGUCUCGAGGAUAUAUUUUUCAGAUCCUGUAAGAAACUAAAAGUUGGACUACCCGCUGGUUGUUUUCCCUCCUUGGAGAGAAUUGAAAUUGGUAAAUGUGUAGAAAUGGUGAGUGUAUUUCCAAUAAGUCAAGUAGAGAUUGAUUCCGCAUGUCCCUCUCUUAAACUUAUAAGUUUAGUGGUUUGUCCAAGAUUAGAGUCAUUUUCAACAAUGGGCUUGCCCUCUAAUUUAAAGGCACUUCUAAUCAAUAGUUGCCCAAUACUCAACUAUUGGGAUUUGCAAAGACUCUCCUCUCUUCAAUGCUUAUGGCUCGAUGGAUGUCAAUUUGAAGAAGCGGUGGAUUCAUUUCCAGAGGAAGGGCUGCUUCCAUCCACUUUGACUUCUCUUAUAAUCUGUGACUUCAGAAACCUUAAAGCCCUAAACGGAAAAGGAUUUCAGCAACUCACCUCCCUCCAACAAUUGGAUAUAUCUAACUGCAUAGAAUUAGAGAGCUUGCCAGAAAAAGGGAUUCCCCGUUCUCUUACUUGUUUAUUCAUCUUGAAUUGUCCUCUGUUAAAUGAGCGGUGCAAAAGAGGAACAGGGGAAGAUUGGCCCAAGAUUCAGCACAUCCCCAACAUAACAAUCAAUUUGGAAAAAGUAUGAGAAAGCAUUAUGCAUUUCUGUCCCUCCCCAUCCUCAGUGUGCUCCAAUCAUCUCUUCAGUCUAAUAUAAGAAUCAUAGAGGAAUUCGUGACCUUAGAACAAACCGAUGGAUGUGAUUAAUCUCUGCAGAUGUAUCAGAAUCAGCCACACGCAAGGCUCCAGGAGGAAUGUCUACUAAUGUUUCUUCUUAAAUAUUCAGAGGACACUUUCUAGGAGCUGCAGCAUCAUGGGUUGUGCAACUUGCCUUCGAGAUUUGCCAAUUCUUAGUACAAGUUAAGCAUCUUUGGAAUAUUUAUCAAUUGUACAUGACGCAUUCUAAAGAAGAAGGUGGUGAAAUCGAAACAGAAAAACAAGUGAAAUUGCAUCACUAGUUUUCGCUUCUGUUGAAGCAGGGGACUUGUGCCACUGUAUUUUGCUCUUGAACUAGCGAAUGAAUUGUUUCUGCAGGCUGCAUUGUUGAUCUGUAAUGUUAGAGUUAAUGUUGCUGAUGUGCUGCAUAAUUUGGAUCUCAAAUGCCGAUUGCUCGGACUACAAGUCAAUGUUGUCUUUUAUGUAAUUAUAUAGAGAUUGUUGUAUCUGUAUAAGUAAGGGUACUUGAUCAUCGAUGUAAUUCACUGGUUCACUCUGUUGGCUUUAGUCUGUUUUGCUUAGGCAUUUUGAGUGUGUAAUUUGGAUCCUUGCAAUAAGAUCAGACUCUGCACACUGAGUCCCGGGGAUGUAGCCAGUUCUUUGGCCAAACCCCGUUAACAAAUUCUGAC